GCCAGCCGGCGGCCGCGCAGCCCGCCCCGGCGUGCCCAGGCGGCGCGGCCCCGAGGCGAUGGAGCAGGAGAAGUACCUGCCCGAGCUGAUGGCCGAGAAGGACAGCCUGGAUCCCUCCUUUGUGCACGCCAUGCGCCUCCUGGCCGACGAAAUUGAAAAAUUUCAGGGUUCUGAAGGCAAGAAGGAAGAUGAAGAAAAGAAAUACCUUGAUGUUAUCAGCAACAAGAAUAUAAAGUUGUCGGAAAGAGUUCUGAUCCCUGUCAAACAAUAUCCAAAGUUCAAUUUUGUUGGGAAAUUGCUUGGACCAAGAGGAAACUCCUUGAAGAGGUUACAAGAAGAAACAGGUGCAAAAAUGUCUAUCCUGGGAAAAGGCUCCAUGAGGGAUAAAGCUAAGGAGGAAGAACUGAGGAAAAGUGGAGAAGCCAAGUAUGCACACUUGAGUGAUGAACUUCAUGUAUUAAUUGAAGUGUUUGCUCCACCUGGGGAAGCAUAUUCUCGUAUGAGUCAUGCCUUGGAAGAAAUAAAAAAAUUCCUCGUUCCUGAUUAUAAUGAUGAAAUUCGUCAGGAGCAACUGAGAGAGUUGUCAUAUUUGAAUGGUUCUGAGGAUUCGGCACGUGGACGGGGUAUUCGAGGAAGAGGGAUCCGUGUGCCACCUGCAGCUCCUUCAAGGGGCCGUGGGGGUGCGAUUCCUCCGCCCCUCCCUGGACGAGGUGCCCAAGCCCCCAGAGGAGCACCAGUGACUCGUGGAGCUCUCCCCGUCCCACCUGUAGCAAGAGGUGUUCCCACACCUCGAGCAAGGGGGGCCCCAGCGGUCCCAGGCUACAGACCACCCCCACCACCUGCGCAUGAGGCAUAUGAAGAAUAUGUAAGAAAGAUGAACAUCGCAUCCACUCUUUAAUUCUAUCACUGGGAGAACCAUUGAGAAGAUAGAAUUUUAUUGAGAAGAUUCAGUUUUACUCAAUUACAGGCCUUCCUGGAACAGAAGAAAGGAAAUUGAAAUAAAAAUUAAUCAUUACUGGUGAAGCUGUACUCGACCAUCUGUAUUUGUAGAAUAGAGGUUAGAUCAUGACCAUUUCAAAUCAGGGACGUUUUCUGUCAGUACCAAAAGCCAAAACUGGACAACAGCAUGCAAAAAAAGAGGAGGGAAAUUAAGUCACUCUCUGCUAUUAUUUACUUCAAAACAGCUUCUAUUUUUAAAUGAGUAUAAAGCCCUGCUUUAAAAAAAAUAAAAAUAAAAAUAAAAGUAUAUCCUUCGUUUAUGUUUGUUGCAUAAUAUCUGAAAUCUUCCUGUUCUGUGCAGAGCUCUUCUCCUAAUCCACAAGUGACAACUUUCAAAACUGGAUCUUUGUAAUUUAAGAUUAAGAUUAUAAAUUAAGUAAAUCUUUUUUCAUCUACAGUACUGGUAAAUGCCCUAAGAUAUUAAGCAGAUUUUAGGAAACAUUUCUUAGCCAUUUUCUGGUUAGAAAAUAUACAGAAAGCAGAAGUUGAGGCAGCUGGAUUACAGAAAGUUAGGAAAAUAUUCAGACAGUUCUACAUUGUUUUUACUCUCACAAACAAAAUACAUACAAUUAAAUUUUAGUUUACAAUUGAGUACUCCAAUAAAACCAAUCACAAAUAUGUUUUUAUUUUACCCGCUUAAGUAACAGUAAGCAUUUUUCUUGUAGAGCAAAAUCAUAUGUUUUGGAGAUCCUUUAGUCUCCUAUGUCUUUUUCAACACCUACAUGCUACAGCUGGGAAUAUAAGGGCUUUCCCAGACUUCUUGUCAUCCAACAGUUUGAAAUGAAAAUCUCUCUCUUGCCAAUUUUGUAAUCCAAAUACAUCCUGCUGUCUCAUGAACUGAGAUAGCACUUAAAACUGUUGGUGUGCAGGUGGAAGGAAAAGUUCAGUGUGAAUUUGUAAAUAAUAUUUUAGGGUAAAAUAUUUUUAAUUUUGAACGUAGUAAUGAACACAUUUUUCUUCCUAAAUGGCAGGUUGCACUAUUUAUCUGUCUUGAUGCUAAAAACAAGUGAAUUUAUUUGCUGACCAGCAACAGAUGUCAUGUGUAAUUGUUGUUCUUUCACACUCAAUUUCAGAGAUGAAGAACUAGUUUACAAUGAAUAAUUUAUCCAAUUUACUCUGUCUCAUUUUCUGCUUGUAGGCAACUCACAAGAAUAUCACAAUUUCUUUAUAUGUUUGUCUUUCAUUUUUGAAUAUGGUACUCCACUGCAAAUUUUGCAUAGAAUAUGCGAGCACCUUUCGUUUGAUUAGCUGUGCAUAUGAAUGCAGUGUCACUGAUUUUGUGUAACUGCAUUCUUUAUUUUUCUUUGCUCUAAUAAAAUAUGGUCAUUUCAAUGCCAAGUUCAAAGUGAACUCAAGAAAUAGAAUAGGAUGACUGCAGCAGAUUUUUUUAAUGUCUCAACAGUUUUUCCUGAAAAAAAUCAUUAUUUUCUCAGUUCUAUUAAUCAGAUAUUGUGUUGACUGUUUCACCUUGACACCAAACUAUUCAAAUACUUUGGAUAAGUAUUUAAAAGUUAGGAUCAUUCUUUUGUAUUUUUUAUUCUGUUAUUGGCCUUUGCAGGUUCCAUAAAACAAAAUGCCUAAAGGUUUCUAAAGAAAAAUGAAGUCUUGUUGCUGUGAUGAAUGUAUUUGUGUUCAACAUUUUGAAUGUAAAGCCCAGCCAAGGGGAAAAUAGUUUGGAACAACUUUCAGAAAAGAGGAGGGCUAGAUAGGAAUGUGUCCACUUGGGCAGCCCUGCAGUGAAGGGGAGGGAGCACAUUUCACAACCUUUUCUUUACUUGCUUCAGAAGGAGAUACAUGGCUUUAAUUGGAUGUAGCUUAAAUAGUGUCCCUGAGGAAUUUCUGAAGUUCCUUCCACCUACAAGAAGCGAAGAAACAGACAUUAGAGAGUAAAUGCAGAGGAAAGUAAUGGUUGCUACUUGAAUUUACGUGCCUUAAAAACAGUUCAUUAUGUUUGAAUUUGAAUGGAGAUCUUGAUGAAUUAACUAUGCAGCUUUUGUGAUCAGAGGGUUCGUCUUGAGUUUGUAACUUGGUGACUAAGAGUACUCUGUAAAGGUGACUGACCUUAGUUCAGUGCAUCUAAUUUGUACGAUGUGCUCUGUUUAAGAUGUUCACUUGUACACAGUUCAGAGCAGACGCUUGAACUGAUCAUUGUGAACUUUCCUCAGAAGAAGCUAAUUCAGAAGCAUUGCCAUUUUGAAAAUAUCCCUGAAAAGGAUUCAAAGCUUUAUUAAAAAAAAAAGACAGCCUUCUGAACCCUGGACACUCUGUUUGCACAGGAAAUUACACAGGGUGAUUCCCAAUUAAAUGCAUUAUGGAUCAUACUCAGAAUACUUCCACAUGUUAAGUAUGCAAAUUAAUUUGAGUUACUGUUUAAUUCUGCUUUCCAAGUAUAGUAACGUAUGGCAUCACUAGUUGACAGCAAUGACUCAGUCUGGAACAUUCCAGGAAUACUAGUUUACCACCAAGUUGUUGUUGUACUGAAGGGAUGCUGAAAAAAACAAAAGCGAGUGAUAGAAUGGCAGCAAUGCUAGCAGGUUUUAGUGAAAAAAAUAUCUGGAAUUUAUCAAAUUGAAUUUUUCAAUUAGGUUCAUAUUCUACAUUGCAUUAGGCAGAGAUGUUUUGAGUAAAGAGAAUGGCACUGGAAUUGCAUUUUAAUUGCUUCUUUUAAUCUUAUAUCAUGUAUAGUUGUAGUUUGAAGCAUUAGUUUUGUUUGUUAGAGAUAUCAAGCCAAAUUUUAUUAUGGUUCUAUAUCAUUACACCAAGAUAGGAGAUGGUGAAUAAAAAUGAGUUCAGACAUUGUUGCAACCCUUCAUUAUGACCUUUAUUGACAAGGCCAAUGGGAAGAUUGAUUUUGUGCCAUUUUUUUUAUUAUAGUGGUCAAGAUUUGUUUGGUUGUACAUGUACUUUUUUCAUAUACUUGAAGUUUAGGCAGGAAAAUUAACACUGUUAUCAUCAUUACAAAUUGAGGGAAGACUUCUGGAGUCUUUUCUCAACAACAGUAAGCAAUUUUAAAGGGUUAAGCUCUUAUUGGCAGAUUGAGACGGCAAAAGAAUGAUAGAUAUGACUCUUUGAUAUUCAUGAUUUACACAGUAGUGCGACAGUGCUUGAGCAGACCUUCCACUGGAAGGAAUACCCUACUGAGGCAAUAAGACACUGAUUAUUUUAGACAAUAUAUUUUAUUUUAUAUAAAUAUAAGUCAAAAGUAUGUAUACUUCCUGAUCAUGCUUUGGAAGUCAUUUGUCUCUAGAGCUUCAGUCUUCUUAAUCUGAAUGAGCUGUGAUGAAAAACAUUGAUGUCCUGCUAUUUUUAAAAGCUAUGGUAAGCCUUGUUAAGAGGUUUAACUUACAUUUGGGCUAUUUCAUAUAUUUAGCUGAUGUUCAAAUUAUAUUGUUUAAAAUAAUCAUUCUUUAUUGUCUUAGUAGGACAUUCCUUCCAGUGAAAGAUCUAGACGUGACCUACCACUCAAUCCCUUCUUCCAGAUGUGAAGAAUUGUAAACUAGAAUAAAUUUAAGACUAAAAUACACAUUAAUUUCAAAUAUUACUUGCACUUUCAGUUUCAUUCAUGGAUGAGAAAGGGCAGGACCUCCAAAUAGCUAGAGUAUGGUUCAAAGGAAAACAGAGUAGCUUGCAAUUCAAGAUAGCCUUAAUAUUUGUAGUAAUAUAAAUUAGUUUUACUAGGUUUCAGCCAAACUUCUAACAAACAAGAUAGAAUAUUGUAUUUCUGUGCAAUUUUUUAAUGCUUUAAAUAGGUAAGAGUUUCUACAACACCCUGCACAGAAAGGCACUCAUCUUAAUAUGAAUACCUAGGUGAGGCACUUGUAUUUAUGAAUAAAUACAUAAUUUGUUUAUAAGAAAUACACCAGCCUGUCAAAAACAAUGAGAAACUGGUGCAGCUCCUAGGUGUGAGACAGCCAGAUGAAAGGGCAAUUUUAAACACAAAUAUUUCUUUGCCGCUUGUUUUAUUGAUCAAACUGGCCAAACACAGCUUCUGGUAAUCUUCUGUAAUGGAUGAUGAGCUUUGCUCUUACAAAGUUACUGAAAAACAACACCACAAUAAGAGAGAUUGUGCUUUUAGUGUCAUGCUGUUCUUCUUGUUUCAAGCUAUCUCAGUGCCAACCUAGACAUUUUGUCACACUUUCACUUUUUAAAAAAGAAUAAUCGACAUUUACAUGUGACUACAAUUCCCAAAAUUAUGCUUCUGAGGGCUUUGCUUAACAUUUUAAACUGAAAUUCUCGGGGAUUUUAAAUCUGUUCUAUCUGCUAUUUUGAAUGUAGAUGGAAACUCUGUGUAAAGACCUGCACUUCUGCUUCAUGACAUGUUUGUGCCUGUAUUAGUUCUUCAAUGAAUAUGUUAAGAUAAGCAACUGGUAUUGAUUCUGCUACUUUGAAAGUCAAUUUCUGUAAUCCCAGCAGGAUGUUCUCAGUGAGAAUGAGAGCAGGACAACUAAAGAAACUUGUUCUAAAUCUUGAAAUACUGAAAUACAUUGGAUAGAAUGACAUUCAAAGUGGAUUUUUUUUUUAAUUGGUAUUUGUGAGUUUGAAGAUGUGCCAUUUAUCGAUUUCUGUGCCCCUUCCAUAUGAAAAAGAAUCAAUGAGAAAUGUACUGGGACUAAAGAUCAUUUGAAUAAAGCUGGAAUUAUAGACA